AUGUCGUUUUCUCGUUUAUUCUCUUUGUUCUCUAAUAACAUUUCUGGACAAGCAGAGCAACAGGAGAAGUCUGAGUUUCAUGAACAUGAAGAGUUGAUAGCGCUUAUAGGUAUGUACUCUCUGCGUGUCACAAUUGAAACUCGUAUCCUAUCUAUGCUACCAAGUGGCCACACCAAAAGAAUGAGAAGUCUUGCUCUUUCUCCUUCAACCCGUGAUCUUUUUGCUACAAGUUCCUUGAUUUUAAGAACGUAUCAAGUUCUUGGAUCUUCAUUUGACAGCAUGUUCAUGACUUCAUCUAUCACCGUGAUAAGUCGGCAAACUUUACUUUGGCUUAUAUUUGUCAACACGCCUUCAAAGAUAACUUGCGAGUCAAAAUUUCUAAAGGACAAGCCUUAUAGCAAGGGUCUCAGCAACAGAAAUCAUGUUUACGCCUUGGGAUGA